AUGUUACGAAACAAACGCAAGGCGGACGAGGGUAUGUUUUCUCCGAUGGCAAAGGUGGUCCUCUGCAGCACGGGCAUGUCCCGAUCUGAGCGGGACGCGCUCGAGGCCUCCGCCGCCCUCCUCCCCGCCGUGUCGUACCGCGGCGACCUCACCUCGGCCACCACGCACCUUCUCGCACGGCGCGGCGCGAGCGAGAGCGCAAAGUCCGCGUGCGCGGCGGAGCGCGGCCUCCCGAUCGUCGCGCCGGAGUGGCUGCACGACAGCGCGCGCGAGGGCGUCCUCCUCCCUCUCCUCGCCCGCUACCUUCUCCCGCGCCCGGCCGCCGCCAGCCCGGCAGACAGGCUCGCCGCCGGCCCGUGGUGCUCUGCCGGCAAGCCACUCUUCCGUUCGAGGGAGGACAGCGCCGCGCGCGUGCUCGUGCCGCUUUGCGCGCCGCCUGUCUGUGUAGUGGUGCCGUUCUGUGUCGAGUAG